GCUCACUUUUCCCGCCCUUCACUAUUUUGUUCAUUGCACUGCAAUCUCUCCUCACCUCCGGACGGAAUGCGGUGAUUCUUCAUCCUCAUUUCUCCCUCGACGAUUUCCAGAGAGCAACUAAUCGGCGUCGAUCAAGCUGUAAGCAACUAGCUAUUCUUCAGAGUGAUCUUCUUAUUCACUCCAAAAAUUUAAGCCGUUCGGUUCUGGAGCCAUUUCUUCCCCCGAAAACCAGUCGUUGCUGCAAAAUCUAUUUGCACCAUCUUCAUCCACCCCGUUCCUUGUGACAACGAGAGAUUGGCACCAUUUCCACCUGUGAAACUGAAAACAAGAACUGAUGGAUGUGGCUAUUAUGUUGGAAGACGAAUAAAUCUUGCCACGCACGAAGAUUGUAUCAGCAACUGGUGUCUGUUUGAUUUUGUCACAGAAGAAAUAAAUGACGGAAGCGAAGGUUGGUUGGCAGCCAAAUUUACGAGAUGAUCCAUUGAGUGAUUGUCGGAGUUUUGGUAGCAAUUGUCAUCCAUCAAGCCAAUCAAGAAAGAUCUCAAUUGGAAUUAUGGUAGAGUCACCAACCAAUGGGAAAUGUAGAAGCACGAAGGAACUGAAAUCCAUGGUGCCAAAUGCAGAAGUUCUUUUUUCCCGUUUAGAAAAUUCCACAAAAGGGAAUUGGAAGGAGAAAGACACAAGGACCUUUGGUACUAAUGUUAAGUCAAAACUAUCAGAAGCUCCUCAACAAUGUACUUCACCAUGGGUUUCUACUCGAUCCCUUAAACGAAAUGCACCCCUUAUGGACAUUCCAAGUGGAGCAGAACGAAUGUUCCAUUCUCCGACGACUUGUGGGAGGCAGAACAAGGGUCAUGGAUUAAAGGAGCCACCAGCUACAUGUUCUGUUCGUUCAUUUGCAAACCAAAGCUCAAUGCUCAAGUCUGGAAAUAGCAAGGAGAAGAACUUCGAUGAGGCCAACUGCCAAAUGGAAGGAGUGAGGGAUACAACCAACGAGAAGCUGCAUGAGUUUGCAUUUGCAACCAUGACAGAGGUCCGGUCAGAUAAAAUGGUGAUUGAGGAUCAAGCAAAUAAAUCAGAAAAUAGAACUGAAACUUUGAAAAUGAAGCUUUGGGAGAUACUUGGAACUGUUUCUGUACCUAAUGAUCAACACUCGGAAUGUCAGAACCAUGAGCAAGAUGUCAAUCAAUUAAUAACUGAAGAAAUCGUUGUGCAGAAGCAUGAAAGAGCUGUCAGAUUCAAAAAUAAUUCGGAUACGAUAGAAACUGAUUCUGAAAACUCCGGUCAGACUUUGAAGAGGCCAAUAGUUCGUUCUAUAGCACGGAAAAGAUCUCACAUUUUUGUGCAGUCAAGAAAAUCUAAGACCCCUUCAGGCAACAAAGGGAAACAUCAAGAGGGAAAUGUUUUUAUCUUUGAAGGAGGGCCUGAAGACACUCAUGUUGCUAUCAAUGGGCCUUCGACAAUGUGUACAAGAAAGAAGAGUGGUGAAAAGAGUUUCAAAUUUCAGCCACGAAAAAUUUUAUUUCCUCAAAAGGAAGAGAAGAUGGGAACUUUUCCUAAACCGACAGGGAUUGAAGAACUGGCACCUCAAGAAAAACCCUCUUCUUUUAGGGAAGUUCAGGGUUUCCAUAGCUCCCCGGUUAACCAUGUAACUGUUGAAAAAGACGAACGGAAGGGAUUCAAUCAAUUUCCACAGAUGGACAAGACGGUGUCGCCAGGGAAUUUUCAUAGCCCAGCAGAUUAUGGUCAACAAGGAGGCAUUGACAAUGCAUUCCUGGAUAAGGAUGUAGACCCGCAGAGUCGUAUAGAAAGUCCAACAUUUAGAAUGAAGACGCCUGUCUGCAGUUCCCCUAGUUCAACUCCAAAAGCAGAUAAAGUAGUUUGUGAAUCUUCAAGUCCUGGCUCAGUAGGGGAAAUACUUUCUACGAGAAAUAUUUGUAGCUUCAGGAAGCUGCGGACUUCAGAAGAGGAUUGUGACAGAUCAAAUGUAAAACCACACUUUUCAGAAGAUGAUAAAGAGAUUGAGCAUUCUCCACUCGAGAAAGCAUCAGCUGAUUUAACAAAAGGAGCAGCAGAUUAUAGGUUGUCUGAUUCAUCAUCUGAGGACGCCAGCUAUGAAAGCUAUGCAGAAGGUGUAGAUUCAAGUCAAAGAGAUACACUCUCUCCAGAAAUCGGUUCCAUAAAGAAAUUCAAGUCUAUGCUUCGUCCAGCAAAGAGGGCCCGUAAUGUGGAAAACGAUGAAUUUGAUUUCAAUGGGCCUAGAGAAAGUAGUUGGGCUGAGGAAAUUUUAUUCCCCAACGAAGAGGAUGGGCUUGCAAGGGCUGCGAAACUGUUUCUCUCAGAACUUGAGAAGCUGAAAAGUAAAAUAUCAUCAAUAUCUAUUGAAAAAUCCUCAGAGGUUCUGUUGUCAGUUGCCGAGAGUAUUCAUUUGCAGUUGCAGAAUGUUGAGUCUCAAAUCCAAACGGACAUGGUAAAGCUGUUGAGCUUUGGUAAAUCAAGACGAAAAGAUCUAGAAACAAAGUUUGAAGAACAACAGCAACAAUUGAAUCGUAUUAAUAAAAAGUUCAAGGAGGAGGUUAAUCAGCAUCUCCAGGACUGUAGGAACUCACUACAAGAAUUGGAAGCGCAGCAGAUAGAGUUCAAGGGAAUUAUGGAAAAGAAAAAAGCAUCACACCGUAAUAAUCUCUUGCAAGUGGAAGAAGAAGUUGACAUGCAACUAAAGGAUGCACAAAGGAGAAUUGAAGCUAUCCACAAGUCGGGAAGAGGAAAGAUACUGCAGCUGAAACAAGCAAUAGCAAUGUGCUUGAAAUAGGAAUGUUUAAACUGAUCUACUUUGCACAGUUAGCGAGUUUGUCCAAGGCCCAGAGGGCCAUUUGCCCCGUAUAGAAUUCAUCAUUUUUUUUUUUUUCAUGUUCUAUCUUUUUCAGUUAGUGAUUUUGCUGUUUAUUUACGUUUUGUUCGUGCUAGCUGUCAGGUUAACCUAAUUUCCUAAAUGCUCUAAAAUUGUAUCGUCUGCCAUCCUUUUUACCAUCAUCUGCAUUCUCAACAAGCAUCCGUGCAACCUACAUCAUUAUUCUACGAAAUUAGUUAUUUUGAUGUUUGUUUGCUACACAAGGUCGUGCAUGGUCUGGUAAUUAUUGAAAGAAAAAUGCUUAGGGUCCGUUUGGAGGAAUGCAAGAUCCUCCUGAAAUGAAUCUGGGUUAUCUUGCUCGUUUUGGGUAAUGUGUCAAAUGUUCAAGUAUUCAGAGAGGCCCUUGGGGGCAUCUCAUCAAGAGCUGUUGAUGUUGAUAUAUGAAUUUUCAAAAUUCUUGUGUUGAGGGCAUUUUUCUGGCCCUUCCUUUUUAUUGUACGAAUAUAUAUAUCACUCA